UCCAUUCCAUCCAUGUGUUCCGUACGGAAACUACCAACAAUUAUGCGUGUCAAUUUGUCGGCCAUUUCACACUUGCUGCCCGUACAUCUUGGGUAAUAACGAAUUUCAUUCGUUUACUGUAGUUGUUACGGAAGGUGCAAAUUCGUUUUUAAUAGACAGAACACCCAGUUGGAAAAUGCGACCAAAUCGUACGCGCCUUGUGUUGAAAUUAACGACUAAAUGGAAACUGCUUUUGAUCGCUUCAACAACCGCAGCAAUUACUUUCACCACAAUUUUCAUUUACUGUUCCCCAUCAACGAGCUCUCACAUCGCCCUCAGACCCAAAACAUUACUAAUUUACAACAACGAGCAGUUGUGCUCUUCCAAUGCGACCGCAACUGCUAAUAGUAACAUUGGUCACCGGUUGAUCACGUCUUCCUCAAGUGAAACAUCGUCCACAACAACUAUUGUGAUCGUCGUUCCAUCGCGCCGCAAGAACCUCAUGCAACGAAACUUGAUUCGUCAAACAUAUGGAUCGAUUCGCACUGUUAACAACGUGCACAUUUUAUCCGUAGUAUUCAUGUUGGGUAGUGCCGAUGAUCCGAAGGAUUCUAAAACCGACCCGGAUGAAUUGGAUGCUGAAAGCCGUCGAUUUGCGGAUAUUAUUGUGGGAGAUUUCGUUGACACCUACCGGAAUCUGAGUCGAAAAUCCGUUAUGGCUUACGACUGGCUGACGUCAUACUGUAGUGAAGCGGAUCUGGUGGUGAAAACGGAUGACGAUGUCUUCGUGGACAUCUUUAAACUCACGGCUGAAUUGAGCACACUACCACGAACUUCGUUCGAAUCAUUCAACUUUUGGUGUGCCGUUCACAGCCCCGAAACCAUCGAUCGAAAUCCGAAGAGUAUCUACUACGUAUCACGAGCGGAAUAUGCGCGCAAAAAAUUCCCAAAGCAUUGCGCAGGAGUUGGCUACGUUACUUCGAUGAGUUUAGUUCGUCGGAUUGCGGAGGAAAUUUCAAAAUCUUUUCGUGGUCCAAUUUGCAGUCACGAGGACGUGUUCAUGACGGGGAUUGUGCCGGAAAAAAUAAAUUCGAAUAAAAGUGAGCCACCCAUCCGGUUUGCGAAUAAAAUGUCCGAGUGGAUAUUCUACAUCGACAAGGAUAAUCCGAACCAAGAUGGCAAAUAUAUUUGGGAAGUAAUUGAUCGACCAGUCAAUAAAACUCUUGAUUUGAGCGAAUUUCGGAAGCGAUCGGGAACGCGGGUCUUCUAUCUACUUCAACACGGUCCCGACUUUAAAAGGAAGUUUUUGAGGCUGUGGUAUUAUGUGGAAAAAUCGUUUCGAUAGUAAAAAGAAUGAUUGGCAUUAAGUGGGAGGGUAACAGGAACAGGAACGGGAAGCUGAGACUAAGAAAGGCGAAAAAUCAAUAAAUUUAUUCAGACAAGAAGUAUCGACACUCAGUGAACAUAUAUUUGGAAGGUGUAUGGAAAAUUGGAAAAUUGAACGGUGGCUCCACAAUUUCUGAUAAAAAACAGAAUUAUCGACACUCACAAAAAAGACUUGAAAAUCUAACAUGGAGCGGGUAACUUUGUCUCCACCUACAUCAUCUGCAACAGAUGUAUAUUUUGUAAGAGAAGCUACAGCUGUGGCAGCUAUUGCAGAUUACUUGUUGACAAAGUUAUCCCUUUCAUGUCAGAUUUUCAACUCUUUUUUUGUUAGAGAAGUAGGUUUUCAAUGAUCACGUUAUUGUGCUCUUAGGGUAUACAUAGUAUACCAUCCAAAUAUAAGUUUACUGUCAACACUGUCCUUUCGUUGAUUUAUUGCAAGCGGAAAAAAACUACGCGAACAGAUCUUGCUCCACCUAAUUCCAUUGGUGCAUCUAUUGGCGUACUAUUGCCUUCUGUUAGUCACCAAUAGCAAAUAUUUUGACAAGUAC